AUGCUUUAAUUGAAAAUGGUAUCUGAGAACUCCUCCUCUGUGACAGAGUUCAUCCUCGCAGGCUUAACGGACCAGCCAGGACUUCGCAUUCCCCUCUUCUUUCUGUUUCUAGGUUUCUACAUGGUCACGGUGGUGGGGAACCUGGGCUUGAUAACGCUGAUUGGGUUGAAUUCUCACCUGCACACCCCCAUGUACUUUUUCCUCUUCAACUUAUCUCUGAUAGAUUUCUGCUAUUCCACUGUGAUCACCCCCAAAAUGCUGGUGAGUUUUGUCUCAAAGAACAUCAUCUCCUAUGCUGGAUGUAUGACUCAGCUCUUUUUCUUUCUUUUCUUUGUUGUCUCUGAAUCCUUCAUUCUGUCAGCGAUGGCGUAUGAUCGCUAUGUUGCCAUCUGUAACCCCCUGGUGUAUGCAGUCGCCAUGUCUCCCCAGGUGUGUUUCCUCCUCUUGGUAGGUGUCUAUGUGAUGGGAUUUGCUGGGGCCAUGGCCCAUACAGCAUGCAUGGUGAGACUGAACUUCUGUGCCAACAACCUUGUCAACCACUACAUGUGUGACAUCCUUCCCCUUCUCGAGCGCUCUUGCACCAGCACCCGUGUGAAUGAGCUGGUGGUCUUUAUUGUUGUGGGCAUUGACAUUGGUGUGCCCACAGUCACCAUCUUCAUCUCCUAUGCCCUCAUCCUGUCGAGUAUCCUCCGCAUUCGCUCCACUGAGGGCAGGUCCAAAGCCUUCAGCACCUGCAGCUCCCACAUAAUUGCAGUUUCCCUUUUUUUUGGGUCAGGGGCAUUUAUGUAUCUCAAACCCUCUUCUCUUUUACCUAUGAAUCAGGGGAAAGUAUCCUCCUUGUUCUACACCAUUGUGGUACCCAUGUUCAAUCCAUUAAUCUAUAGCUUGAGGAAUAAGGAUGUCAAAGUUGCUCUGAAGAAAACCUUGAGCAAAAAUUCAUUUUCCUAA